AUGAUAGGAAAUAAUAAUAAUAAUAAUAAUAAUAGUUUAAAUAAUAAUAAUAAUAAUGAUAAUAAUAGUAAUAAUAUAAAUAAUGUAAAUAAUAAUAAUGAAGAAAAUAAUUUUAGUAUUCAACAACAGUUUUAUUCACAAAGAAGAAAUUCUUUAACAUAUAAUAUGGAUAAUAGUAAUGGUAAUAAUAAUGAAUUGGCAGGUGGGGGCAAUCAUACAUUAACAGAAUAUGAAUAUAGAGAUGCAGAUUACGAUUCCAAUAGGGAUGAAGAAGAGGAAGAGGAUAUUAUUUCAUCAAUUAAUGAAAAUACAACUGAAACAAAAUCAUUACUUGAGGAUAUAAGGAUAUCUUCAUCCAUAGAUAAUAUAAUAUCAAUAAAUGAAGUCCCAACUGAUCAUCCACCAGUAAUAGUGACCAUUAAAGAUGACAAAAUUAUAACCACCACUACAACAACGAUUACCACCACUACAACUAAAAAACAUACAAAGCCACAAGGAAUGUGCUAUGAUGGUAGAAGAAAUUAUAUUUUAAUGGUUGACGCAGUCGUGGCACUCGUAUUUGUGCCAAUAGUUUAUUUUUCCUAUUAUAUACCAAAUUUAAAAAUGGACCAUAAUGAAGAGGUUUAUAAAUAUUGGUAUUAUAACAUACCAUUCAGCAAAUAUGCAUUGUGGAUGUUUUGUGUAAUCGGUGGUUUUGCAUAUGUUUCAGUAAUUACUGAGAAGCGUUCAGUUCCAUUUCACUGUCGUUACAAGAGACAUCGUGACUUUUUCCAACUUUUAUUUGCUGCAUCUCUUUGGUUUGCUAUAGGAGGACCAUCAAGAGCUCUAUUUGGUCGUAACGAUUAUAUAGUCGGUUUGGACGAUCACAUCACUAAAAAUACCCAAGAUGGCUACUCUGCUGCAGAAUCUUUCUUUUACAACUAUUUUGCCUUCUUUUUAUCUUUUCUUUUAGGUCUACACUUUACUUAUUUGGAUAGAAAUUUAUUCCUUCGUUCUAUGGGUGAUAAAUUUGGUACUCCAAUGUUAUGGAAAACUUUUAAAGCUUCUGAACUCAUGGCUUUAAUCCCUGUUUUAUUGUUUAUUUUAGCCAUGGCCGCUUUACACAUUUAUCUAAUUAUUCAAGACAAAUUAUGGGAAUACUUUGCAAUUGCCUAUAGUAUAUUCUUCGCUGUUUUAAUUGGAGUAUCUUUGGUUUUUAGAAAAACCCAUUAUUUACAUAUGCAUCAUUAUUUUAUUUUUGGUAGUUUGGUUCCAUUGACUGGUUUUCAAACUGUAUUAUCUUUAAUAUCUUUAGGUGCUGUUAGUGGUAUUGCUGUUGAAGGUGUAUCAAGAUGGUCCAUGGGUUGGUUGUGGUAUAGAGGUAGCAGAGUUUUAUAA